GGUGCUAGGCGGUAAUGACUUCUCAGGCUCAAUGCCAUCUUCGAUUGCAAAUCUCAAGAAUCUACAAAUGCUUUCCCUUCCAAGCCUGCGCAUUCAUGGCCUUGUGCCUCUCGCUCUCAGCUCUCUGCAGAAGCUCCAGUACCUGGAUCUCACUUCCAUGUUGCUGUCAGGACCCUUGGCUCCCAUCGUGAUUCCCAUGACAAGCCUCAAGGAGCUGUUGGUGGGCUACAACCAGUUCACAGGAGAUGUGCCCAUCCCAGCGUCCAAGGCCCUCACACUUGUUGACGUUCAAGGCAACUACUUCUCGUCUGCCCCCAUCCGCCCUAAGAACUGUUCUGCUACCAGCCUCAUGCUCUACGAUAACUUUGACCCCGUGCUGGCCUCCUCUGCCGCCACCCCCAUGGUGCUGAGUGGCUCGGCGCUGACCUCUGCUGAUGGCGCCCUGCUGCUGACCCCCAAGGCCAACGCCACCUGGGGCACGGCCUUCACAGUUGCGCCUCUCCCCCUCUUCUCCUACUUCAACACCAAGGCCACAUGCGGUUACCAGCUCGCCUUCAACGUAUCUCUUGCCUUCUCUCUCGACCCGGAAGCGGAGGCUGGCGGGGAUGGGCUCGUGUUUGUCGUUGCUGCGGCGCUGCCAGACCGGCUGGGAGGGGUUGGGAAGCGGAGUGUGGCGGUGGAGUUUGACUCGGUGCUGAGUGUGAAGCACAGCGACCCCAACGACAACCACGUGGGCGUCAAUGUGGGCGGCUCACCUGUGUCCCUCACCUCUGCCACGGCCCCUCUCAUCCUCAACGACGCCCACACCAAGCACGCCUGGAUCCACUACGACCCCACCAGCGGCGGCACCCUCCGAGUCUUCCUCUCCUCCGACCCCCAGCAGCCUCUCAACCCCAUCUUGCGCGCUCGAGUGUCGCUCUGCUCCAUCCUGCAGCCCAAGGCGUCCAGUGCUGCAUUCUACGUCGGCUUCACAGCCUCGUCCACCACCGGCCCACAAGCACACUCUGUCCUCAACUGGACCUUCACUGCAGGUGUGUGCCUCUCAGAAGUUCCGCUCAACCCGCAUUUUGACCCUUCGGACCUGGCGUUGGGGUUUGUGUUGGACGAGGACUCCUUCUCAUCGCAGGGCUUCAACGCUGCCUUCCACUACGCCAGUGCGGGCUUCGACCCCGCGCAGGACAACAGCCCGGCGUGGACUGUCAAGUCCUACAGCACCUGGGUCUUGCCUGAAUCCGCAUGGCCUGUCAAGAACCAACAAGGCUGCGGUGAUUGCUGGGCGUAUGCGGCGGUAGCAGCGGUAGAGGCAGCCUACAGGAUCGCGAGCAACUGGGCGCAGCCCCCCGUACUGUCGGUGGAGCAUCUGCGCCUCGCCCUCUCCUCCAACUGCGACGGUGGCUCGCCCACCAAGGCGCUGCAGUUCCUCCUCAACGCUACCGCCCAGGGAAAGGGCCUGGUAGAUGAUGCAGUUUAUUCCCAAGGGCCAGCUCUUAAAGGAAGAUCGCAAGCGAGCACCAAGUACUAUGGCAUCCGAGGCAUCGAGCGCACGGGGUUCUACGGGUGGUUUGGGCUCAUGCUGGCAGUGCAGCGCCAGCCUGACAUUGUGCACAUCGAGGCGUCCGCACCCUCCUUCCAAGACUACGAUGGGAGAGGCAAGUACGCGGACGAGGAGUGUUUCAGCAACCACCUGAACCACGUGGUGCUGGUGGUGGGCUACCUCUCUGCGGGCUCCGACCCCUCCAACUCCGCCGUGCUGCCGCCCUUCUGGAUCAUCCGCAACUCAUGGGGCACAGCCUGGGGCGACCAGGGCCACAUGCGCAUGGACAUUCGCAGUGGCGACGGCAUCUGCGGCAUCAACACUCUCCCGGGCCUCUUCCCUGUUGUCAGAAGCAGUGCUGAUCCGUGUGGGUCACGCUCCUUCCAGUACAGCAACCAACACUCCGGUGUCUUCAACCCGUGCGGGCGGUAUAACUGCAGCAAGAAGGGCACCAGCAAUCGCUGCAAGUGCACUGACGCCCGCUUUGCUCAAGUCAAGAACGCCGAUGGGUCGUACACCUGUGCCUAUGUGGACGUGUGUGGGUCCAGCACUCGCAACCCGUGUGUGGUGGGCACGUGUGUGAACGAUGGCAAGGGCAGCUACUCCUGUGUGUGUCCGCCGGGGUUCAUCCAGGGCACCACCCUCGCCAACACCGCCUCCUGUGCUCCGGGGGAUGCAGGGGGGGUGUACACGGUGCAGCAGAGCAACGUGUGGUGCUCCCAUGUGCAUCCUGUAUUCGCCCUCACACUGGACCAGUUCCUGCACCAAAACAAGGGCAUCUCAUGCUCGGCUCCUCUGCGCAUCAACGCAAGUCUGCUCGUCAACUCCACAGUCGAUGCAUGCUCUGUCUUCUAUACCACUGUGCUGGGCGACACGUGCACGGGGGUAGCGCGGCAGGUGGAGCUGUGUGGGGCGGCGGCGUCGGAUGCGGAGUGUGAGGCGGCAUUUCAGGCGCUCAACCCCGCUGUCAACUGCUCCUCCCUGAAGCCCUCCCAGGCCGUGUGCCUGGAGAGGGACCCCGGGGUGGCGAAUGUGACAGUGGUGUGCGACCAGUACUAUCGGGCGCGCCUCAACGACACGUGCGACAGCAUCAGGCAGCUGGCGGAGCCUCCUCUCAGCCCCGUGGCCUUCUACCGCCUCAACCCCGGCCUCAACUGCAACCAGCUCAUCCCCCUCAAAAACUUCUCCCGCUCCGCCACCACCUUUGGUGCUGAGGUGUGCAUUGGCAGCGUGACCAACUUCACAGCGGGCAUCUGUUCCAGGACCAGCACCUACACCAUCUCACCAGGGGAUGACUGCAAGUACAUCAACGUCAGGUACUUCUACAGCAUCAAGGGCUGCUACAGGCGAAUGAAUGGGUAUGAAUGUGUGGAUAAGUUAAGACCCGGGGUGACGAUUUGCACGCCAAGUGCAAAAAAGGCCCGAAUUGGGAGUUGCAGCAUCUGA